AUGGCAGAUGCAACUCAAAAUGACAGCUACUGGACUAAAGCCCAGAACAGAUUAUCAGAUAAGGAUAAAAUGAAGCUCCAAAUGAUAUUGAACGCUUCACCGUUCCAAACUCCAGGGGAGGAGCUACAGGGGCCGCAAAAUCAGGUCCCCUGGCCCGAAAAGCUUCGAAAAUUGUGCGAGAACCGUAGAGAAGAAUACAGAGAAAACCGAUGGAAGAUUAAAAUCAAAGGAAAGGAGCGCACCUUGCAUGAUCUGUGGGACGAGGCUGUCUCUAUACUUGGGAAGCUAAAAGAGGUUGGCACUGUUGCUACCAGCUCGGAACCUAUGGCAAGCUUAGGCUGGUCCAUCGCCUGGCUGUUUAUCCAAAUUCCCACCCGAAAAAUAGAAGUGGCGCAGUCAGUGACCCAGGGUCUCAACAAAGUGGUCAUCAUCAUGAGUCGCGGCCUUAUAUACGAAUGGCAUCUUCAAAACUCUUGGAAAACCGGUAAUGAUCGCAACACCGAACUCUUUGAGAAUUUCAUAGUCGACCUCUAUGAGCAGACCCUGAUCUUUCUUAUUGCUGCUUCUGAUCAUUAUACUAGUGGUCUCAAAGGUGCCGUGGCGCGCACAUGGGCUUCUGUCUGGAAGGCCAAUGCAAUCACAGACUUUGAAGAGAAUACCAUCAAGAUCCAGCUCGACCUGCAAGAUGAGGCGGCGACGUGUUUCAGGAUAGGUGUUCAGGGGAGUCUGGCCUCUAUUCUUGAAUCGCAGGGCGCUCUACAGACUCAACUAGCUCGGCUGAAGGAUAUACAUGAGGACACCAAGAUGAUAAAGGAAGCAGUAAUGAAUAAGGGAAAUUAUGAAUCAAAUCAGAAACGGUCGUCGGUUCUUGAGUGGUUGUCCAAAUUACCCUACAUUGACCAUCAUACAUCUGCUAAAGACAAGCGCGUCUUCGGAACUGGGAAUUGGAUCUUUGAGCAUGAAGAUUUCAAGAACUGGCACGAUUCCGUAGAACAGCAUAUACUCUGGAUACAUGGCAUCCGCGGAGCCGGAAAGACAAAGUUAAUAAGCAGAAUCAUCGACCAAUUUGAUAAACGGCUUCUUGAAGAUGCUGCGCAUGCAAAUAUUGGUCAAUUGCCAGACCUACAAGUAGCAUUCUUUUACUGCGCUGGAUACGAUCAUGCUAGAAAAAGUUGCAUUGAUAUUCUACGCAGUUUCAUCAAGCAACUGGCAGAGCCGCGCGAUGUUUUGCCUCAAAAGGUCACUGAUAUAUACGACAAAAAACAUCCUGUUAAUGCUCCUUCGCAGCAGGUGGGGAUCGAGGAUUGUCGGAUAAUGCUUAAUGAUACGAUUCGUCACCACAACAAUGUCUUACUAAUUAUUGAUGCUCUAGACGAAUGUCAUGAGGAGUAUAUUCAAAGUCUCAUAUCAAUUUUCGAUACGAUUACCCAGCAAAAGAUCUCCGACUCGAGAAUAAAAGUUAUUAUCUCGAGUCGUGAUCUUCCAGUGAUUGCCAACCAGAUGGAGCGGUACGUUGACAUCAAGAUUUCUGAGGGGACCAUCAAGGACGAUAUUAAGAAAUUCAUCGAUCACCGCCUCAAGACCUUCCAGAAAGGUGGCUCUUCCAAAAUUACACCAAACUUACAAGCUAAGAUUGUGUCCACUCUGUCAAAUAAAAGCGGUGCAAUGUUUCAGUAUGCGUCUGUACACUUGGAAAACAUCCUCCUGCUCCCUACUACCGGGGAAAUUGAAGAUGCACUUGGAAGCCCCCCGAAAGAUAUAGUAGAAGUCUACCGCGAUACGAUAAACAUCAUAAAUUCCGAUCCGGAUUGGGGGCCAUAUGUGAUGCGCGCUUUUGCAUGGAUCCAGGCGUGUGGAGGUAGCAGUUCACCAGACCACCUCGUUGCUGCAGCCAGCCAGAAACCUAAACAAAUUGACGUAGAUCAAUUUUUCGUGGUUGAACUCCAUGAAUUACUCCAAAGAUCCAGGUAUUUGCUCGCUUACGAACAUGGAACCGUACGCUUUUCGCACCUAUCCGUGCAAGAUUACUUUGCACACAACAAGGAGAUGGGUGCCUUAGACAUUAGGACGACUGUUUUUCUCAGAACCCUGUUGAAUUAUGAAUCUUGUCAAACGAUACAACCUGCAGAGGUUACUCGCCUGUACGAUGACGCCUGCGAAUAUUGGUAUGACUAUGUUAAACCGCUCGAGGGCAAUAAGGGGAUUCAACCUUUCCUGAGUCGGCUUCUCAAAUUCGACCCGAGAGAACAAAAUUGUCCACGCUGGCAAGUGUCUUUGGCGAAUUGGACAGUGAGUAUGUUUUCGCUAGGUUAUUUCGGGGCCAGAUAUGAAUAUGGGAGCAUAAUUGUGUAUAUGUUUCUGCCAGGCUGGUUACCUAGUACCAGGAAGCCCUCCUAUGACUGCUGGAAAAUGGUUCAUGGCGAAAUUGGACCCCGAAAACUGAUGGAGACAUUAACCGUCCGAUAUUUCACCGCGUUCCAGAAGGCUGUUAAGGCGCUCUCCGAUCCCUAUGACAGAAGAUUAAUACGGUUACUAGGCCUUGCCUCCUUUUUUAACUUCGAGAGUCAAGAAAAUGAAGAGAAUCAUCGUGGUGACAAAAGUUCAAACAGAGCUGCAAUGGCUGUUAAUGAGCAAAGCACUCUUACCGCUAUCUCCAAAAUGAUCUCCUGGACUUUUCGACGAGUAUUGAUCCUCGCUUACACUUCGACACGAAACGAUAUAUUAAGAAGAAUUAGCUGUGAACUCUGGCAACUAAAUUAUGCGUAUCUCAAUAUCGUCGAGGCUGUGCAGAAGAAAAUAUUUCAGGAUAUCCCGCGGUUCCUCGACCUCCUCCAAUUCAUGGGCGAUAUACCCUCCGAGUGGAUGGAAGAGUUAGCAAGAGUUACCUUCCUUGUUCUGAUUGAUCAGAUAGGGCGAAAUGGGAUAGUACGCCCUGACCAGCCGGUCCGUUCGAUGGUAAACCAAGUAUUACAAAAGUACGAUUUAUUCCGUCCCCUGGAGGAGCAUCAGCAUCUCUUCCUCGAUACCUCCAAGCUGAGACUCAACCACCCAUUGGUAGUCCUUGGAGAUCUUCCCGAACAGCCAUCUACUCUUUACGAGCCAAAGUUCAUUAAACUCGUCAUUCAGAAUGGCGCUGACGUCAACCUUCAAGUGACACCUGAACUUGAUCGUCUUUGGGCGACUAUGUUCGCCCCUGUCUCCGGUACACCGUUAAUUGGUGCAAUGGAAACGUUUAGCAUUCAUGGUCCUGAAAUCAUGGAAUUUCUCCUUGAGAAUGGUGCAAAUGUCAAUCAAAAGGCCAUUAUAGGAAGAUUUGGUACUGUACUUAUUGCAGCAUGCGCACUUAGCAUUGGAGAUGCGGUUGAGCGCUUGCUCAAAUUAGGUGAUAUUGACGUGGACGUUGUUGCUCCAACUGGAGUAUACGGUACAGCUCUUAUAGCAGCUUUGAAUAAUUUUUUUAAGGGGUGCGCCAACACUGUGAAAAUGCUACUGGACCGUGGUGCCGAUCCAAGAGUCCGCGCUCAGCACGGAGCUUAUGUCUCGGCGUUUGCUGCUGCGCUGCACUUUGAUGACACAAGAAUUGCAUUGCGGCUGCUCGACUACAGCCCUGAAACCGAUGAGGAUGCCAAGAGAUCUCUACAAGCAGUGGUAGAUGAGUUUUCUAAGCUGCGAGAUUUCUCCGACAAUGACUCAGACACUCAGAAUCUGAAAUCGGUCGCUGAUGCUUUAAAAAAGAAAGUCGCGGACUUAUAUAUAGAAUGCAACAAAAAUUUCGAUUGGCGAAAAAUUGGAUAUGUUGAGUCGUUGUACGUUUCGAAAGGGAUUACGGCUGCCGCGAGCCUAACUUGCUCGUUGAGGUGCAUCCAAUUUGACCGCCAUUCCGAUUUGGCAGAAAAGUGUAGACUAGAAGCAGCUAGGUUUCUAUCACGUCUUAGUAUGUGUAUGGGUAGUCUUCCCACAGCUAGGAUCAUAUUGUUCUGCUUUGGAUACCCAAAUCAAGAUAUGGCAGUGGUGGAGGCUUGGCAGAAGGUGCUGGAUGAAAGCCAAAGAGCUGGGGAGGAUUAUGACUGGGAGACUCUGGCGGACUCUUUACGAGAUCUAGUCCAUAGCAUCCCAUCUGCGGCUGGCGAAGUGAAUUCAGGUUGAGGACCUUUGAGAGAUAAGUACAAGGAGAGGUGGAGAUGAUGUAUGG